CCCUAGGAUUUGGUAUAUGAGUGUUGAGACCGGUUUGUAUGAUCGUAAUAUUUACUAGCAGAGAGGAACAGAAAGUAUUCACGUUCAUAACAUUAAGUUGACCUUCGAGAAGAAACGCUGCACCAAGCGGCCAAGUGCUGCAUCGAGUCAGUUCUACCGUAGACAAGAACCUAGUUCUACGUUAGCAUAGACAAAAACCUAGUUCCACGCUAGCAUAGACAAGAACCUAUUUAGUCCCACGUUCCACAGUAGCAUCGAUUUAUUAUUUAAUUCUGCGGUUGUAUGAAAAAGUUCAUGCCUUUCUGACCAAGAUAUUCAAAUAUAAGAAUAACAAACUCGCACAAUAAUUGAAAUAAGCUGAUCCAAGAAAAGGCAAUUGAUUGUUUAUUAUAUUUUUUUAGAGAAGAAAAGGACUCCUCUAUUUUAGACGAUAAUGGAUCAAUGGAAUGAUGUAAUAAUUAUAACAUAUAUUCCAUACAUAAUAGCCUUUUAUAUUUAACAUUAAUUUACUUUUAACAUUAAAUUUACCUUCCUCGCGAUAAUGUUUUUGUUAUAAUAAAAUCUAAAUUUCAUUUUGAUUGUAAUUUCACCAAUUGAUGUACAGCGAAUAAUAUUGCUGACGUAAUUACGAUGUUUAACUGUUUUAUGAUUUGAUUAUUGGAUUUAUGAAUUGCGUCAUUUUAUUAUAAAGAUAUUAAAUUGUGAGAUUCGUGUCUAUUUCUUAGUAAUUCCUUUUUAAUUGCUCCGUUUAGGCCGUCUCUCGUACAAAGACUUUCAUCCAUACAUGUGGUUAGCUUCGACGAUACCGAUUGCGAUUAUAAACCUUUUACUCGCUCUUCUCGUUGCGUUGCCUCACUUUUACAUUCACAUUCAUGAAACGGGGAACGUUAUGUUAAACGCGUUAAUCUAUUAAUUCUCAAACGUUAUCGGCAAAUAAUAACCAACGUGAUGCAUCUGAAUGAAUUAUUAAUUCGUACAUAACGAAGUGAAUAUAAUUAAUUUAAAAGACUACCGAUUACUUUUACAAAUUACGUACUUGAGAAGAACUAUUGCUUAAAUCACGCGUCUCGCUGCUAUUUCAACGAAGGAAAUUGAUCAUAUUUCAUGUUUCUCAACUUCUACAAAUCAUUAGUUAAUUCUUGUUCAUUGUUUUACCUGACACAGUUAAUUUCCAGAUUAAGUGUAAUUAACUUGUGAUUAGAUAAUUGAUGUUUAGAUAAUUGAAUGAAAGAUCACAAAAUUAUGUCGUUAUUCCAAUAGGAAAGCGGUACGUAAGUGUAUUUUUUAUAAAUAAGGAACACGAUACAUAAAACCUAUUUGUUUACAGAAUUUUCUUAUCAAUUUUCAAACCAAAAACUACGCUUAUGUGUAGCGUUGGAAAAAGUACAUUAGGUUUUAUUCACAGUUUGUUCCAAUCAAAGAUAUCGAUGCUCAGACCACCUGUUUUUUAAACCCUCGAUUAUUACAUAGAUAUAUCGUUCAAAAGAACGAAAUUAUACGGAAGAUAAGAGAAGAUAAUACGGGGAGAAUCUCCAUUUUCGAAGACGUUCUUUGCCUUUCUAAGAUAAAGAACACGAGUCAGACUGUCAGUCGAAGUUCGAUCAAUUAUCACUCGAAACGUGUGCUGUUCGAUCAAUGAAUUUCAUUUCACUUAUUCGUGUCAGCGUCGAGGCGAUCCGUGAUCGAGUAACUGGCUACCGUUCAGAUGUACUCUCUCCUGUCACGGAUAUCCAGUCGCUAACUAUUCCACCAUCGUCUAUGCGGCAACGUUGUUAACAUCGUAUAUUUGUGCAAUAUAUUUUCAGAUUGGUCCGCAUCCUAGAACCAGCUUGCGCACGUUAUCCUGUCCACGGAUGAAAAAUAAGGUUGCGCAGCCCAUUCGCUCAGAUGCUGCCGCAUCUAACGAUGCGAUGCUACCGUUUCUUUCACCCGCAUCGUGCAUCCUGAUGUUGAGUCACAAGAUAUUCAGAUUGAACUGUACUAGGACUGACAAUAAAAACUGCACUGUAAAUUAGAUUUAAAAUGUUAUUUAAUUAAUAGAAUUAAUUAAUUAAUAGAUAGAAAGUGGUAUGUAUCUUUUAAUCGUUACGAAAAUAAUAUCACGAAUGUCGAUGAACAUGAUAGUUUGUCUAUUUCUUUUGAGAUGUAGCUUAUAUUUAGACGAUCCACCAGUGUUAAUCUAAAUUUAGCAAAAGAAUUUGAAUUUUUCAAUGUAUAUUGUAUUCGUAUAUCUCGAACAUUGUAUGACUAUAACUCUUCGAUAGAAUACCAAAUAAGAUAAGGAAUAAAAUGAUAGAAUGAACGGUGCAAUGCAUAUUAUUUUGCUGAAUAAAUGUUAACGUGCAAUAAAUAUUACUUUACACCGCCAAAGUAACGCGAAUGGUGAUGAUGUUACACAGUAUUGAUACAAAAUGUAUACUAUCAGCGCUUAUCAUCAACAUACUCAGGGUCUUUCCGUUUUCUGUAAAUAUAAAAUCGCCAACUGCGGUAGAUUCUACACUUUAUAAAUCGGAAGUUUGGAUAUCGGAGGAUACGUCUGUAACGCCUGUUCCUUUUACUUUCUUUUUCAUUAUAUCAUUAACGACAUUAUAAUGAAAUUCACAUGGAUUAUCGUAUUUUUGGCUGCGAUCGCGGCCGAUGUCAAUGGCAUCUUGAAUAAAUCCUUUGGUUUACGAUGGUUACUAGGUGUAAGUACAGAAGAAUCAAAACUAAAGGAAGAACGACCGCUUUGCCUCACCCAACAAUGCAAGUACCUUGCGAAGUCAUUACGAGAGAGUAUGAACCAAAGCGUGAAUCCAUGCGAAGAUUUCUACGAGUAUUCGUGUGGCAAUUGGCCAAGACAUAAUCCACUUCCUGUUGACGAAAACCGAUGGAAUUUCUUAGUUAAGGCAGAAAGAAAGGUCAAUGACCGUCUUAAAGAAAUUAUGGAGGAAGAAGCGAAGCCUGAUGAUCUGCGUGCAACAAAAUUCGCUAAAAUGGUGUUUAAAGCUUGCUUGGACACAGACGAGAUAGAAAGAAUUGGUCUCCAGCCACUUGUAUCUACAAUGUGGAGGACAGGUGGCUGGCCAUUAAUAAUGGAGAAAGAUGAAUGGGAUCAAGAAAUAUACAAAUGGCAAAUUGUGGACGAUUACUAUGCUCGUUUGACAGGAUUAAAUAGUUUCCAUGAUGUACAGGUUCCCAUGAGGUACUUGAUCUACAAUAAAAGAUCAAGGCUGUUUGUCGAUACUCCUCGAUUAUCGGCAAAAGUGGACAGACUUCUAGAUUUCGAUGAAAUCUACGUGGCUAACAGCGAAGAAGACGACCACGAAGAAGGAAGUCAAGAACGAGGUAGCGAGGAAUGGCCACGCUCUAAAGAAGACGACGAAUUUGAAGUCCUAGAAAAGAAAAUCGUUAAGAAAAAUAUUAAUAAUUGUACGAUUCACGGGGAAAGAAUAAGCGAAAAGAUCAAGACAAUGAAGAAACAUGUCAUCGAGAUACAGUUAGAAGAAGGAACGAAAGGGGCCGUAAUGCAAGCAAAAGUUGAUAACAAGAGACGAUACUUGGAAAGAAUUGUUAAGUCGUGGGAACAUGAGUUAAUAUAUAAAUCUGACAGCGUUGGAAAACCUACAGAAACGAAUAGUGGAAAGAAUCAUGAAAGAAUGGAGGAUACGAAUAACGACUUGUACUUUGACGACGAUGAUAAUGAAAGUGAAGGCAUCAGCGCGGAUCGAGCAGAAUACAAUAGCGGCGGUAAAAUCGAUGAAAACGAUGAAGAGAAUGAUAAUAGCAAUAAUGCUGCAAGUGGUAGCGGUAGUGGUGAUUAUGAAUGGGACGACGAAGACGAUAAUGGGAGCGGUGACUAUGAACGGGAUGACGAAGAUAGUAGUGGAAAUGGCAGCGGCGAUUACAAGGAUGGCGAUAACGAAAAUAGAGAUGACGACGAUAGCGAUAAUAGCGAUAACUAUGACGAAACUAAUAAAAAAGAUAUGGAAGUGGAAAAUAAGAGAAAAAUGUACGCAGAGUAUAUACUAAAUGUUAGCAUAGCGCUUUCUGAAGCAAGAGGCGUUUCAAUACCAAGGGAAAGGCUCCUGGAAGACAUUGGCGACUUGCUUAAAUUUCAAAUAAGACUUCUAACGUACAUACACAAAUAUAAGAAAACGCUGACCGCUGAACUUAAAGCACUCCAAAACAGAUAUGACGCUUUGAAAGCUCGGACGGAAAACGGGAAAAUUAACUGGAUAACGAAAAUAAAAGAUGCGUUUGCUACUGGAGGUAUGGAAAUUCCUGACGAUUAUGUGUUAACUUCGGCCGAUGGUUAUAUCAAAGCGUUGACAAAAUUAUUAGAUAGAACUCCAAGUAGAAUAAUUGUGAAUUACAUACAUUGGAAUUUUCUUAGUAAAGUGAUACACGCAACUACGAAGAAAAUGAGAGAAUUAUACUAUAAUUGGGAUGGUAAAGUACCCAUAAGGAGAACAAACUACUGUGUCGAGGAAAUGAACGCGGUAGAUAUUUUGGGAUACGAAUAUGCGAAACGAUAUUUACCAGAAGAAGUUCUACAACCGGCUUCAGAUACUGUAAACGAGAUCCAAAGAGAAGUUGAAUAUCGAGUCAAAAAUUCAACUUGGGUGGACACUGAAGUCGGAGAUAUUAUUUUGGAUAAAUUAAUAUACGCGAAGAAACAGAUCGAGUAUCCGAAAUCAUAUCGAAAUAUUACUGUCAUGAAAGGACACUUCAGAGGCGUUAGCGCUAGCAAGUCGCAUUUCGAAAACAUGUUAAGCAUUAUGAGAUAUAAGAAAUGGAGAAAUCUAAAAACUUUAUUUUCAGAGAAGGAUGCUUCCGAAGUAUUUGAAGAACGUACAAGCGACAACUUUAAUCCUUUGUUAGUAAACACCAUGUUCUCGCCAUGGCAAAAUAGCGUUCAAAUAACAGCAGCAAAUUUUCAACAGCUACUCUUUGAUUUUAGACAACCAUGGUACACAAGCUAUGGUAUUAUCGGAUUAGUCGUGAGUCAUCAAAUAAAUCAUGGUUUUAGUAUUAUAGAUCGUAUGUUUGACAAAGAUGAUGAUAUCACGGUUUGGUCACGUAAAAUGAAAGACGCGUACCACAAAACAGCGCAAUGCUUCAAAAAUCAAUUUACGAGAUAUGGUGUUUUGGAGAAGAAAGUAGGAGAUUCUACAUCACAGAAUUAUGGUCUGCAAACAUCAGACGAAAAUAUUGCAGACACAAUGGUCUUAAACUCUGCAUUUAAAGCUUAUAAACGAAGACUACGAGAAUAUGGAAAAUCAGACCUUAUGCUACCAGGAUUAGAGCACAUGAGUAACGAGCAACUAUUCUUCUUGUCCUUUGCUAAUUUGUGGUGUGAAGUGAUAAAACCGGACAAGUUACAAGAGGAAAUAAGAGACGAUCUACACCGUCCCGGUUUGUUAAGAGUAAUUGCUUCGAUGUCUAAUUCUAAAGAUUUCGCUGAAGCUUACAAUUGCCCAUUAAAUAGCCCUAUGAACCCGACGGAGAAAUGUAGUAUAUGGGAAUAAAGAGAUUAUGUAUCAUUGAUUGGAUGGAAAAUGAAUAAAAGAUAAAUAAUUAAUCAUCGAAGCAUUUAAAAUUUUAAAUACUUCUAUGCGUUCAUGACAAUUAUAAUUAAGUAUAAUUUCUACUAAUAAAAUAUUCAUAUCGUAUAUUUUUAUUCGAAAAUCAACUUUUCGCAUCAAAAAAUGUGAAAACAAUAAAAUUAUGAAAUUCA